UUCUGGCACAGUUUAGUGUAGUGGGAGUGUGUAGUGUUGUAGUAUCUCCCUUGUGUUGUGGCAGUCGGGAACACUUUAAGACGUGAUAGGUGUUCCUUCACAAUUUAAACGCUUUGUCGUCUUCUAAUUACUGCAGAACGAUCGUUUAACCCUAUGUGAAUCUUGGUUUAAGUCCCUGAGGAUGAUGAAUUCAGCUAACAUCCUCAAAAGUGUAACCAUAAGUUCUUGAAGGGAGGAAGGACGUGUGACCUUUCUGCGUCAAUCAGAACUAACAAGAGACUCAUCAAGGUGAGACAGAGGUCAUUUAUCUCAAACACAGAUCGUGUGAAGAUGGGAGCCAGUAACCAGUUUGACGACACCCUCACGCAGCUGGGCACCGGCAAGUGGAACCUGCUGUUGAUCGCUAGCAUCAUGUAUUGGACGCUCCAGAUACCUUGUAUAUCCCUGGGUGGCUCCUUCCUCGCACCACAAGUGGACCACUCCUGUCUCCUCCCUGAGGGUGCCAUCCCACUCCUCACCAAUCACUCCAACACCACUCAAGUCUCGCCGUGUGAAUACCUGAUGAUGGGUGAAGACGGUAGUGAGGAGAUACGACCUUGUACUCGUUGGAUCUUCGAUAACUCCACCUUCUACAGCACCCUUACAUCAGAGUUCGAGUUGGUAUGUGAUUAUAAGUCCCUGAGGCCAACCUACACCAGCAUAUAUUUUAUAGGUGCUUGUCUCUCCUCCUCUAUCAGUGGCUGGCUCUCUGACAAGUAUGGACGCAAGAGGAUAAUGGCAAUUGGCACUAUUACCUACGCUGUUGUGGGUAACUGUUUAAGCUGGUUACCUAACAUGUCAGCUAUAUUGGUGUUUCGUUUCAUCGUAGGUCUCAUGCACCCAACGUCCCUGCAGACAGCUUACACCAUCGUUAUAGAGACGACUGAGCCACGCCUUAGGUCAGUCAUGGGCAUUAUGAUAUUCCUGCCGUGGACCAUCUCUGUGAUGACCUGGGGUGCUAUGGGUUACCUCUUCAGAGACUGGCGAUGGCUCAUGAUUGUUUCCACAGUCCCUUCACUCCUCUUCCUCCCUACUCUGUGGUUUUUGGACGAGUCGCCGCGGUGGCUUAUCGUCCAGGGGCAACAUGACCGGGCCAUGAAGGUGCUGGAGAAGGCCGCCCGCUGGAACAAGGCCACAUUACCUCCCCGGGACCAACUGCUUACCAUGAUGAAAAACAUUGCCAGUGAGAACUCGAAGGCCUCCACCGGCAUGAAGAGUGAAGGUUUCGUCUCCUUUCUGCGUACCUUUGUCGGGGAGUUUACGGUACUGCUCAGAACGAGAAAGAUGCGAGCUAGAACACUGGCUAUAUACUUCAUUUACUUAACCUCUGGACUGGUUUUCCUGGGCCUGUCUUUGGGAGGUGAAGGUUUCGGCUCUAACCCGUUUAUUUACAUGGCUCUGAGUGGCUUAGUUGAGAUACCCGGAGCCACUGUCACCGUCCCUAUGAUUCAGUACCUAGGACGAAGGUUAUCCAACAUCAUCUGUCUUCUCAUGACUGGCAUCUCUCUUCUCGCUCUUGCCAUCGUCCCAUUAAAUAUAGGCUGGCUAGUGAUGACUCUGGCCAUGAUAGGCAAGAUGGCCAUCAGUGCUGCCUAUCAGAUCAUCUAUUUACAUAGUUCUGAACUCUUCCCUACUGAAGUUCGCGACAGAGGCUUAGGAACCUCCGCAAUGGUGGCUAAAUUGGGCUCAACUCUUGCUCCUUAUUUGAUGGACACUUUGCGUACUGUAUGGGUGUCAGCGCCAUCGGUGGUGUGUGGAGUGACGGGGCUGUUAGCUGCUGGGGUUACCUUGAUGCUGCCAGAAACGAAGAACACGGCACUACUUGACACCGUCGUUGCACUUGAGGAGACGUCUUCACUUUCCCGCAAGAGAAAUGCCUCGUCAUCACCCUUACACGUCAACACAGAAGAAAAAAUACCCCUCGCUUAAAAUAACAAGACAACAGGACAACGAAAUAUUUGUCUUUAUAUCUGCUCUUUUUUACAGACUGUGUGUGUGUGUGUGUGUGUCGUCCACUGAUAGAAUUACACACAAACACAUCUUAUAUGCCCCUCCUAACCAUACGUGUCCAAAUCCUUUAAGACAUCUACGUAAAAACUCGAAUGCUGGUUAGGCUCCGUACGCAUUACAGAGAAGUUAGUUAUUCAGUAUUUAAUAGAUAAAAAUGGAUAAAAGUAAUGUGUCUUGUGUCAAUAAGGAGAUACAGAGAUAUAUCGAUGUAUAAAACUGUAACAGAAGUAAGGAGAAGUAAUGAAAAUAAAUCUUAUCGAAUACCAACCUCUUUUUGGGAACAGACACAGCUGAGCAUCAAGCUUUGUCGCAGCUUAAACACAAACACCGGGGCGAGGAGAUGAGGAGUUAUAUCUUACCUUCCUACUGUCAUGGUUCUCUGCAUAACCAUUGUUUUCUCUUUACUAAUAAUGUAAUAGUUAUUCGUGUCAUUUUCUAUCUAUCUUAUCGUUCUUAUAUCUAGAUUUAUUUCCCACCUGAGUAUGUCUGCCGCAGUAUGGUAGUAGUGAGGAUCUCAAUGCAACAUUCACAAGUUUUUCAAAAUGGCUUUUUACAAUACAUCUUUCGUUUGUUUUAUCAAAAAGUUUGGCAAAUACCCACUUUUAUUGAAUUUCUUCAUAUAUUUAAUGGUCAUUUCAUUAUCAGAGAAGUGCCAAACACUUAAGAACUUAUUACAGUACAAAUAUAAAUAUUAACCAAGAGUUGUAUUUUCACUGGGGCAGUUAGGUAAAUGAUUUGCAUCUAAAUUAAAUGGCCGAAUUAUUACUGUUUGUAAUAUUUCAGGUAAGUUGUACAAAGUUAGGAUCAUUUAUGAAUCCAUAUUUUAUUGUAGUUGCUGAGGUACUGUACUGUUCACGUCUUAAAUAAAGUCCUUUACUUUA